UCUUCAGUGUAUAUACAUCCGCGACACGGAAAUAAACGACGUGGGAUUUCAAUGCUUUACAAUGGUGCAUUAGGAUUUCUGGGCCACCGCUUGGAAGAAGAAAAAAACUGAUAGGAAAGUUUUUUUUUUUGGUCAUCGGCGUUUGCCUCCCACUGGUUAAAGAUCACGGUUAAUAUGUUUCCUCAGGGAGUAUCAUGAAACGUGGAUUUCAUCUGACCCGUUUCCAGUUUAUUUGCACCCUGAUGCGUCCUAAAGGCAAAACACGGCGUUAGACGCGUCGAGUUAAGAGUGUCCAGAGUCAUGAAACUUAGUCCUUGUCAAGCUCCAGUAUAUGGCAAGUGUGUGCUAACAGUUCAGCUCUGUGAUGAGGUGCUCGCUGAAGGAGAACAGGGGGAGGUGCGGUUCUUCCUGUUGUUCACUGGCUCUGCUCAGAGACAUCUUACCAGCACACUGAAGGUCAACAAUGCCUCCCUUCAGGCUGUGUGUCCAGCUCAUAACUGCUGUGAGUCGGUGCUGGUCACCCUGUGCUCAGCCGGACCGGACGGCAGCAUUCGUACACUGGCGACCGAGCACCUACACUUCGUUCAGGACCUGGCCUUCGACAUGGCCCAGUUCCUGGUGAGCGCGGUGGGGCAGACAAACCUGCUGGAGGAGGCUCUUCUUCUGGACGAGCAUCAGAUCCCCCUUCAGGAGUGUGAAAAGCUGGACCAGAGUCUGUCCCUGGCCCUCAAACACAUCCCGCUGCCCCCUGGCUGGAGCCUGCUGGGGAAUAACACAAGACUAGAACCUCAAGAGACCCUCCUUCACUUCGCAGCUCGGCGUGGGCUGCUCAAAGUGGCCAGGUUUCUCCUCAAACAGCCAGGGGCCCGAGAGGCCCUCAGCCUGUGCAAUAAACAGGGCUCCACACCGGUGGUCAUCGCCCAAAGUCGAGGACAUAUAGCUCUGCUGGAGCUCUUCAACCGGGAGGGUUUGAAUGCUGGCGCUGAGACGCUCAGACAGCUCUCCUCCUCGGGCGGUCGUGUGGUGCAGCACCACCCCUCUCUGAACACCUACACCCUCUCUGUGGGCACCGAGCCGGGCAGCGCACCACCCAACCUACAGGCUGACAUCCUGGAACUGUACAGAGUGAUCUUGAGCCAUUGUCAAGAGAAGGGAGGAGUUGCAUUUCGGCAGAGCUCAGACUCUCCGCACAUUGCCCAAGAAUGUGAUGACGGCCUGGAGACCAGAGAUUGCUGUUGUGAAGAGGCACCGCUCGACUCCCUUGAUACGAGAGAACGAGGCUUCACUCCUUUCAGCACAGAGGAAAACAAAGGAGAACGUAAUGACCGCCUGGAUCCCUCACAGAUCAGGGAGGGUGACGGAGGUCCCUCGCUCAGCUGUGAAACUGACCCAACUCUCCUACACAAUGGAAAUAGUGCAGAUCAGCGGGCGUGUGCUUGUGAAAACAGUGAGACUGAUUGCAGAGAGCAAGAGGAGCGUUCAACUACUGGUUUAGUUAGUACCGGUGACGUUGGAGAUAGUAGUGAUGCUGUGCAGAACGCUUCUGAGAGCAUAGUCAAUAGAAACUCUUCCUGCGGACAACAGAACGAGGAAGCCGAUAAAGCAGACGGCUUAAUCUGUGAAACACCGGUUCAUGCUGAGGGAGAAAAUCGAGAAGAAGGAUACAACUUUGUGGAGAAGGACCUAUCUGAACAUAACCCCAUCGUUGAGGCAGGAGAUAUGGGAAUCAUUCAGUCUUUGGACACACCGGAAAGCUCAGAUGUUGAAUCUUGUUCUCAGGGUGCUGAGACUGAUGAUGAAGAAGAGGAUGAGUGCGUAGACUGCAUAGAUCCAGAGGAGAUUCGAGAAGAAAGCCAGAAACCACUGGAUCUUAAUUCUGAUGGAGAUACACCUCUGGAUUGCUCGCUGCAAAAUUUGGCGGAAAAUAAAAUGCGUUCUUGUGAUAAAACCGAUGACGCAGGAACCCGGCUGGAGGGAGGCAUUUGCGAGAAGGUCACGUGGGAAGGUAGGCGAGAUCUUGACUCUUCUGGAACUUGUGAUCAAGAAGAAACUGACGAGGAGUUUCAGGAGAGUCUAGAAAUGCCAUACUCUGAAACCGAUGGCGACCCACCGAAGGAGGAAUUUAGUGAUGCACCCUCAAGAACUUUAGUUGCAGAAGAUGAGAGCGUUUUACAUCUGCAUGAAGUAAAUCAAGAGCUGCUGUCUGUAGAAAAAAAUUCUCUUUUAAUUGAAGAAAGUGAGUCAGACGGACAGAAACUAAGUACUUCCAGCGUCUUACCAACUGAGCUUGGUCAAGCACCUGGUACUAGUGAAGAUACCUCAGAGGAUCUACAGGAUCUUGUAGCUUCUACCUUUGAGAGGAUGGAGAACGUUCAAGGGAGUUGGAUGAACGGAUCCGUCUGGGAAGCUCAGGCGGCCGCCGAGGAAGUUCUUGAGUCAGCGAUUCCCGCAGAUAUGGAGAAAGUGAACCUCCCAGAUGACUCCUCUCAGGAUCCCAGGCAGGAUAUGAGCUCAAACAGUGAGGUCAUGCAGGACACAUCAGGAGAAGACCUUUCAGCAGAGGAUGCGGGUGUAGUUUUUGUAAACACAGAUAAAUCUGGAGAACUAUGUGUCUUUGUGGAUCCCUCAGAUGAAUUAGCUACGUCGAAUGAGUUUGGAAUCUCUGAGAACAACCUGGCCUUCAAUGCAGAAGAUCUGUUGGGUGUUUCGGUCCACAGUGACCAUCUAGAUGGUGCCUUAUUUGUUCUAAAUGCUCUUUGUCAUGAGAACGACGUUAUAGUUUCUUCUGUAUGUCCUGAGCAAGGCCAAGCAAGUUUAGAUCCUGUGUCCCAAGAGACAGAAGCUGCAGUGCAUAAACCUGUACAAUCAAUGGAUGAAGACCUACUAAAGGAGUCAGAUGCAAGUUUGGAGGAUCAGAUGGGCUCUCAGAAGACGAUGUGGCCUGAUAUCGCAGACAAAAAAGAUGCACCAGUGAUCCACAGAGACAAAGACACGCUGUGUUCCAGUGUUUCCCAGAAGAGACACAGCGUAUCCACAGAGAGUUCGCGGUAUCCAGAGUUUCACACUUGCAAUUCAGAAACGGUCACAUUUCGAGACUCGGGAAGCGAUACGGAUGGAUUUCUUAGUCCUGACACUGGAGAGGACAACAUCUUCAGAAAGGAGGCAGUAGUUGGAGGCGACAGCACGAGCGAGGUGUCCGUCUCCUGCUCCUCCACAGACGACACGGCCAGCGUGGGUCAUCCCAGCUCCUCGGCCGAGAGCUCAGAGGAGGUGCGGCACGGAGCCGAGGCGGAGGAGGAGGCCAAGGACAGCUUAACGGAGGUGCCUCUGCCCGCCUCUCUCUUCCGCUCCACCGUUCGCUCGCUCUCUCCCUUCCGCAGACACAGCUGGGGUCCCGGGAAGAACCAGGGAGGGGAAGAAGAGAUGAAUCAGCGCAGCUCUGUACAAAGUACAGGAGAGGAAAAGCCUGUGUUCUACCGAAGAAGUCUGAGCUGGUGCCCCAGCGAACCCUGUCGAGAGCUGGAAGAAAUUAGAGAGCUCAUCAGCUAUAGUUUGGAGGGUCUAGCAGCAGGGAUUGAGGAUGGCAAACGUUGGACACCUCAGUCUGGAGGCCCAUCCAAGGAUCAGCGAGGGGUUCAGAGGCAGGAAAGUGAGGAGAGGGGCUCUCUGAUGUCUCUCACAGAAGAAGGUCCCGAGUCCGAUUUGGGAGAAUGCAGCAGUCCAGGUGGACAGAAAUUGAGAAAGUACCAUCAGUUCAGACACAGCGGUCCGUCUGUGACUCUCCCUCUCACAAAAUCAGUCUCCAUGCUUUCCAUCAGCCAGCGGGACAUAGAUAGCAUGACGUCUUUCACCAGUACCUCCAGUUCAAUGGGAUACAGCAUCACAGAGGAGGAACCUGGACCUUUAAGAGGAGAUUUUGAAAAAAGUACCACUAAAGUGAGCCGAACGUUCAGCUACUUGAAGAAUAAAAUGUACAAGAAAGCCAGAGAAAAAGAAAAGGAAAAGAAUCGUGAGAAAGACCGAGAGGCCAAAGAGAGAGAGAAGAAAUCAGUGAACGGACACGUGUUCAGCACUUCAAGCUCGCUGCAUCCGGCGUUGUGCCAUCAAUGCAACAAAACCCUCAACACUAAAGAUACUGUCAACUGCACAAACUGCAAUGUGAGAGUUCACAAGAGUUGUAGAGAAAACGUCCCAGUUUGUCCCAAAAGCAGAAUGAAGUUUGCUAUACCAGAGUCCACCACUAUGCCUGUUGUCACUCUACGAACAAAAUCGUCCACACUGCGGGAACGGCCCUGGUCUGCUAUCUUUUCUCCAGAGGAGCAUUCUGUGAUUGUCCCGUCCAGACGGCCCACCAGUAUUAUGCCCUUCCACAGCAGCAACCUUUCGAAAAGCAUGUCCAUCAACAAUAUUGCGAUGUUUGACGAUACACCUCUGAGGAGCAGGCGGUAUCUUUCUCAAUCCACAGACUCCCUCCACAAACCCAUCAAGGUUACAGCAUCCAACGAGUCUCUAGAUGAAGGAACCGAGAUGAUUGACAGCCGGCUGAUGGGAGACUUUGAAACAGAUGUCAAGGAACUUGAAGCUGACUCCUGGAGCCUGACUGUAGAUAAAAAAUAUCUGAAGCAGCUCAAGAAAGACGCCAUUAAGAGACAAGACAUCAUCUACGAGCUCAUCCAGACAGAGAUGCAUCACCUGCGGACGUUACGGAUCAUGUCUGAUGUGUACAGCAAGGGCCUGCUGACAGAUCUCCAGCUGGAGGCCCAGAUGGCGGAGAAGAUGUUUCCCGUGCUGGAAGAGCUUCUGGAGCUCCAUUCGUUCUUCUUCAGCUCUCUGCUAGAGAGGAAGAAGGAAGGCCAGCUGGAAGGGACAGAUGGAUUCAUAAUCAACAGGAUAGGAGAUGUGCUAGUCAGCCUGUUCUCAGAAUCCAAUGCAGAAAGCAUGAAGAAAAUCUAUGGCAGAUUUUGCAGUCGACACAGUGAAGCAGUGAACUUCUACAAGGAGCUGCAUGCCAGAGACAAACACUUCCAGGCAUUCAUCAGGAAAAAAAUGAGCAGCAGUGUUGUCCGGCGUCUGAGCAUCCCAGAGUGCAUAUUACUGGUGACUCAGCGGAUAACGAAGUACCCUGUGCUUUUACAGAGAAUCCUGCAGCACACCAAAGAGACAGAGGAGGAUUUUGAGGACUUGACGCAGGCGCUACAGCUGGUGAAAGAUAUAAUUGCUUCAGUGGACAGUAAAGUGAACGAGCAUGAGAAGAAGAAGAGGUUGAAAGAGAUCUACGGCCGUACGGACAGCAAGUCCAUCACGCGCAUGAAGAGCGGCCAGAUGUUCGCCCGAGAAGAUCUGCUGCGCAGCCGCAAGCUUCUCCACGACGGUCCUCUGCAGCUGAAGAACUCUGCCGGACGACUAAAGGAUGUCCACGCACUGCUUCUUUCUGACGUCUUUGUGUUCCUCCAAGAAAAAGACCAGAAAUAUGUUUUUGCAUCUCUGGACCAGCGAGCCACCGUUAUCUCCCUGCAGAAGCUGAUCGUGCGAGAGGUGGCCCACGAGGAGCGCGGCCUCUUCCUCAUCACCGCCGGCAUCGCGACCCCCGAGAUGGUGGAGGUCCACGCCAGCUCCCGCGAGGAGCGCAACACCUGGAUGCAGCUCAUUCAGGACGCCAUGCACUCCAUAGAAAAGGAUGAUGAUGAGGGGAUCCUGAGUGAAACAGAGGAAGACAGGAAGCUGCUUGAAACAAAAACGAAAGAAAUGAGAGACAUGCUCCAGAGGAAAGAUGAGCAGAUCGUAUCGCUCCUGCUGGAGAAGAUGAAGCUUUUCCGUGAAAUGUGCGGCUCUUCCGACGACGCGGCUUUGGCGGUCAAAAUGCUCUUCAGGGCUAACAACGAGGACGUCCCCAGAGGGGAGCCCAUCAUGAUGGACGCUCUCAAGGAGGUGGAGAUGUUGCAGACCCUGGUGAACAGCAGUCUGGGAGGGGCUGUGGGACAGCAGGUGGCCUGCACUCCGGGAAACAUGGGACCUGUGUGUCUGCCACGCAGAGCUGAGACCUUCGGAGGCUUUGACAGCCACCAGAUGAACAUCUGCAAACAUGGUGACAAAGAGGAAGCUGAAGAUCUUCGGAGGACAGAAUCUGACAGCGUACUGAAGAAGGGAGGAAACGCCAACCUGCUGCUGCUGCUGAAGAGAAACAGCGAGCAGAUCCUGACUAGUGUCACUCACCUUCAUGACCUCCUGAACUCGCUUCAGGCCGUAGUGCUGCAGCAGGACACUUUCAUCGAAGACCAGCGGCAGGCCCUGAGCGAGCGGACCCCGUCCCGCUCCUCCUCUCGCCCCCCCUCGCUGGUGGAGCAGGAGAAACAGCGCAGCUUGGAGCGGCACCGGCAGGAGGCCGCCGCUCUGCAGCGCCAGCAGGCCGCCCACGCCGAGGAGAAGCGGCGCAAGGAAAAGGAGUGGGACGUGAAGGAGCAGGAGCUGACGGACCGCGAGGUGCUGCUGCACGUGAAGGAGGAGGAGGCGCGCCGGAGGAACAAGGAGCUGGAGGAAGCUCAGCAGGAGCUGCAGGGGAGGAAGGAGGACUAUCAGAGAGAUCUGGAGAGGCUGAGAGACGCUCAGAGGAGGCUGGAGAGGGAGAGGGAGCAGAUGCAGAGGGAGGUGGAGAGAGUGGAGCACCUCCGUGAUAUGGAGGCUCGUCUCCAUCGCACCCCCUCCAGCACCUCAGAGGACUCCCUGAAGCUCCAGAGCAGCAGCUCCAUCGAGCGAGAGAUCUGGGAGGGCGAGCUAUCGUCCAGCCCCAGGAAGAACUCUCUGUCCAGGAUGGACUCCAAACAGAAGGGCCGCAGCCUCUUCUCUCUGGGCGGCAAAACGCAGAGCUUAGAAGGACAAAACCAGAUCCCCUCGCGACUGCUUCAGCUGGCUUCCUCAAAGGAGAAGAAGGAAAAAAAGAAGAAAAAGAGCAAAAGCCAGCCUCCUCAGGAUGCAGCUUCACAUCUGCUGCCCCUGACGGAGCCUUCGGUGGACGGAGAGAUCUUCUUCUGCUGAUUUACUCCUCAUUCCCUCUCGUGGACUCUCUAUCGAAUCACGCAGGAAGUCACCCAAAAGGGCCCUUUUCACAUUUCGGAAAUCUUUCAAUGCAACAAAUCUCACAAUGCGUUACACCCCAAAAUCGAAAGAAAAAUGAAAAACAAAACCGGUAUAAUCAGGCCAUCUACGAUAUAGUAAUCUUCAAAAAAAACAUGUCCAAGUCGCAUUAAACUUCCAAAUCAAAAAUGAUAUACUGCCUAUCUCAAAUCAAUACCAUUCUAGAGUUGUUUUUAUUUUUUGUGGCAUUAUUUUAAUAUCAAUUUAGUUCCCAAAUUCUCAUUAGCGUAAUGUAUAAAUAGUAGCAAUGUUAUUUCAAUUGUUAAAUAUUUAUAUACUACAGUAAAUGUUUUUCUGCUUUUAAAUGGCGUUUUAUUACAGUAGCUUUUCCUGUGAUAAAGUUUGAGAAUGAGAAUCACCACCGAGAAAAACAAUUAGUAAUUAUUAUUCCCCAAAAUAAAAUAAUUAUUAAAAUUAUUAUUCCCCCUGUUGGCCACAUUUUUUUUAGGCCGAAAAAUCAUUUCGGCUCAUUGCACACGAGAAUGACGAUUUAAAAAUUUAAUCACGGUUUUAACAUUUAAAAGGAUUCGGGGAGAGAGAGGUGGUUUUCCGUUUCCGUGUUAUCUAUUUUAGCUUCUCGAAGGAGCCCCGUCUUUGAAAUGCCACCGAGCACUUUAACACCAUUCGCACGUUAACGUUGCCCCAAAAUGACAAUCAAUUUUUCAUCAGCAUUCCAAAGAUAAAGCCCUAAGGAACGGUUUUGGGGGGGGGCAUUUCCUGCUAGUUUGAGAUUCUCUAAUCCUUCUGCGUUGAAUUCUUCAUGACGGAUGAGCUGUAAAUACUGUAUGAACUGUAGACCCCUUGGGGAUAUUUAAAACAACCUGCUGGACAGGUAAAAGAGAUAAGCAUCCACCUCACCUAUACAUCCGCCCUUAUGGAUCAAACGCGCCAUAUCGUAUCUAAAUAUCAAUACAAUCCCGACUCAAAAUGUCCGCCUAUUUCAGUUUUCACUUUGCAAUCCUUCAGGAUUUUGUUCAGCUAGGCCUUCUGUCGGCCUGAUUUUGUUAGAGGAGCUAUUUAUUGUUCAAUGAGAAUCGCACAAAGCAGCGCAUGCCCUCAAAAGUCCCUUCUGCGCAGGUUUGCGUUGCAGUUUUCAGCUGCGCUUACCCGGCCCCGCCGCGAGGGGGCAGCAGAGACGCGUUUUAUAAUUAAAGGCUCCUCUGUGGAUUUACAUAACCUCUCCGUGAUGAUGUCAGAGGAGACGCUGUGACGCAGUGCAGGAAUUAUUAUCAUUUCUUCUUCACAUGCACUAAGGGAUUCGGUGGUCCGGUGUUUAAGGAAAACGGUGCCUAUGGCCUUACAGAGCUGUCAGCGACACUCGUCCUCAGGAGCAAACAGGGAAAACUCCAUCCAGGCGGUGUAUUGGUGCCGUCUCUCACGCGUAAACGUAAACUUCAGUUGCUUAGCCUUAAAGAAAUGAUGGUGUGCACUAAAAUAUAACCCAGCAUUUUCUCAGGAGUAUAGGUUCGUUUCUUUUUUCAUUUGUUUUGAAAGUGAGGUUUCAUUUGUACAUUGAGGUACAUACGUUUUCUUGCUUAAGAAAGCAAUACUUAAUAUGUAAAUAUUUUGUGUAACAUGUUUAAGUGUACGGAAAUGUUUGUGGUUAAUUUUGUAAAAUGUGUUUUGUGAGAGGUAAGGCUUUAUUUAUCAGCGAUCCCCUUGUGUAAGAAGACGAUAUUUCCUCACAUUAAAAGCUGUUGCAAUUUU